GAUUUCCUCUUGAUUUUUGACCAUGGGACAUUUACCUUACUUUCAAAGGGAAGUCUUAGGAUUAGUCUUUUAGAAAACAAAAGGCCAAAACACUUGCAGGCCACUUCUGCUUCUUGAAUUCCCACAUACUUCUCCUAAGGCAACCAGACAGAUCUAGUGCCCCACUGGAAUGGAGAUAAGGCAGAGUGGAGAGAGAAACAAAAUACCAAUUGCUAUUUCCACAUACCCAUCUGCACAGAUAAAGGUUUUGGCAGGAGUCAGUGACUGUGUGAGGCCAUUACUGUGCUGAUUGUAAAAGACUUAUUUCUCUUCUCACUGUACUACAGUCAAGACUUCUUGGCAAGCCCAGCAGAAUCCAAAGGACUCACUCCAUGGAGAGAUGCUCAGUGAUGAAGGCAGCCAAUGGCUCCGAGGAUGGCUUGGAUUUCAACCCCAUGAAGGAUUACAUGAUUCUGAGCAGUCAGCAAAAGAUAGCUAUUGCAGUGCUGUGCACCCCGCUGGGCCUGCUAAGCGCCCUGGAGAACCUGGCUGUGCUCCACCUGAUCCUGUCCUCCCACCGGCUUCGCAGGAAGCCCUCGUACCUGUUCAUUAGCAGCUUGGCCGGGGCUGACCUCCUGGCCAGUGUGAUCUUUGUCUGCAACUUCGUAAAUUUCCACGUCUUUCACGGCGUGGAUUCCAAGGCUGUCUUUCUGCUGAAGAUCGGCAGUGUGACCAUGACCUUCACAGCCUCUGUAGGCAGCCUGCUGCUGACCGCCGUUGACCGCUACCUCUGUCUGCGCUACCCACCUGCAUACAAAGCCCUCCUCACCCGUAGGAGGGCACUGGUGACCCUGGGCAUCAUGUGGGUCCUCUCGGCAUUGGUCUCCUACCUGCCCCUCAUGGGAUGGACUUGCUGUCCCAGUCCCUGCUCUGAGCUUUUCCCUCUGAUCCCCAAUAACUAUCUGCUGAGCUGGCUCCUGUUCAUCGCCCUCCUCUUCUCUGGCAUCAUCUACACCUAUGGGCACGUCCUCUGGAAGGCCCAUCAGCAUGUAGCUCGCCUGGCUGAGCACCAGGACAGGCAGAUGCCAGGGAUGGCCCGGAUGAGGCUGGAUGUGAGGUUGGCCAAGACCCUGGGGCUGGUGCUGGCUGUUCUCUUCAUAUGCUGGUUCCCGGUACUAGUCCUCAUGGCCUACAGCCUGACCACCACUCUAAGUGACCAGGUCAAGAUGAUCUUCGCCUUUUGCUCCUUGCUGUGCCUUGUCAACUCCAUGGUCAACCCCAUCAUCUACGCUCUGCGGAGUGGGGAGAUCCGCUCCUCGGCCCACCACUGCCUGGCCCACUGGAAGAAGCGCCUGAGAGGCCUUGGGCCUGAAGGAAAAGACGAGGUCCCGAGGUCCUCAAUCACGGAGACAGAGGCUGAUGUGAAAGUCACCCAGUGGCCAGAUUCCAGAGAUCUAGACUGCUCUGAUUGCUGAUGCGACUUCUUUGAGAAUUUUUUUUU